AUGUCCUCAUCCUCCCGCUUGGACUAUAAGACAAUGGACUCCCGUACUAGCGAAGAAAACGGUAGCGGCCCGCCAGCCCCCUCUAUAAGAAAUUCCUCCCCACCGCAACCGGAAACGCAACCGUCGUCCAUCAUCCCGCCCGUCACGGUGCUCUCCCCAGAAGCUCUCGCCCAAGUUCGCCACGCAAUUGGCGCUCCGCCCUACCGCUUCGAGCAACCGUCCACCAACUCCCGCACCAGAAUCCACAAGCGGGUGCCCAAUGGUCUAUAUAAAACCGUACUCCAGAAGCGUCGCCAAGCGGAACUCUCUUACUAUUUCACUUCGGCAUUUUACAACACCUGCCUAGUCCUUCAAAUCCUCCUCGGCGCAUUGCUCACGGCUCUCGGCUCCUCGUCCAACCUAAAUGGUACAGCCAUCACUAUCCUCGCCGCCGCCAACACGGUGAACGCCGGCCUCCUCGCUCUCCUACACAACUCCGGUAUCCCAGGCCGCACCCGCAACGAUUGGAACGAGUACGACAAAGUCGAGAUGUUCCUCCUCGGGCUCAUGGACUCGGGCAUCGUGCAGCAGGGCAUGACCACCGCGGACGUGAUCCAGACCUGCUUCAACAAGUACUCCAACGCCCGGGCCACGGUCGAGAGGAACCAGCCGAGCUACUACGCCAGCACGUCGAGCCCGAGCGCGACCGGUCCUGGGGCGGCGAGUACGGGUGCGGGUGCGGGGGAAUCGGCAGCACUGCUCCCAGCGCAGCUGCAGCGUUGA